AUGCAACUCAUUACACUCCCCGCCCUCGCGCUUUUUGUUACGUCAGCACUGGCAGCGGACUGUCUAGGCGGAGCUAAUAGCGGUGUUACCAAACUGCGUGACGCCUACUGGGAUGCUCGCCAGAAGAUGUGUAGCAACUCUGACUGUGCCUACCAGCAGACCUGUACAGUACAAGCCGCCAAAAGCUAUCAAUUUGAAUCCACCAAAAAGGACGGACCGCGCUUCAUAAGGCAUACCAUUAAUGUCUCCCUGAUGCGUAAGAAUACUGGGGGUCAGAAGGGAUUCAAGGACUGCUGGGACGCUACUGAAAACAUCAUCUCUCAGUGCGUUGAUGGUCAGGAGAAGUUGGUCGGAACAUGGGAGUAUAAUGGUCAACUCUAUCAAUUUGAUGGGGAAAUUACUACCGUGACUUGGUGA